AUAGAGUUGAAAAACGACCUGUGGGUAAAAGAUCCAAAAUAAUUGCAUAAAAGUAAAUUUAUUUAUGUGUACAAUGUCUUAACAAAAUAAUCAGUAUUAAAAUGUCAGGAUUUUCAAAUGAAGUCAAUCAAGAGUGAUUAAUUAUCGAUCGAGUAUUCAGUUAAACCUUUACUUACAGCUUAUUCAUUGUGCACUGUUUUAAAUGUCAUAUCAGUCUAAACGUGAAUCAAGAACAUCAGUAGUAGAGAAUAGUAGUCAUAAAGGAUAUCAACAAAUGUCAAAUGAUUCCAAUGAUAUUUCAGGUGAUCAAACUUCGAAAAACUCAUCAACAUCAUCAUUACCAAAAUAUUAUCCUAAAGAUCAUGAAGUUACACGUUGGUUAAUCAAUCAAAUGCGUUGUCGUAACGGAUUGCAUCAUUUAGUCAACCUAAUAAAUAUUCAACCUUCCCUUCUUUCUGCUUAUUUUGAAGUAUACGAUCAACCUGAAAUGUAUAUUGAUGCGAAAACAGGACCAGGAAUGCCAGCUUAUGGAAUAAAAACAGUAUUAUACUUAACACCAUUGGCAAUUGCUAUUUACCUUCGUUUGAAAUCAGUUGUACAGCUUUUAUUAAGCUCAUCAGGAACUCGUAUUCACGCUAAAGCUAGAAAUGAAGUAGACGUGAAUGCUAUAUGUUAUGUACGCCGUAUUAAGCCUAGACCUGGUCCUUUUAUUAACGAUGAAUAUUCUACUACACAACCGGCGAUAAUUGCAAUUAGACGAGAAUUUUUUCCAGCAAUUAGCUUACUGAUGACUUCGAAUUUCAAUCCUCAAUCCCCUGUGUAUAUCAUUGAAAAACUGGGUACAUCAAGAGAAACAACUUGUUGGUUUGUUGAUAUUUUAGAUUUUUGUAUCAAGUUAUUGAAUAAUAGACCUGGACUUGAUGUGAUCAGUUUUAUUCAAUGUAUUAAUUGUCGUGUAUCAACAUACGAUAACUACAGUAGUAGUAUCCAGUGUUUUUAUAAUCCAUGCGUAUACGAUGUAAAACAAAUCAAUACUGACAAUACUGACAAAGAUGAAUCCAGUAAAUAUAUCUGGUGUUCAGUAUUUCGACGUCUGUUAAGAAAGGGAGUUAAUCGGAGUUAUUCAAAUUGUGGUAAUCGUUUGAUUAGUUUAUUAGAAUAUAUCAUUGAAGUAGGAUUCUUUCAACAAAAUUUUAUGCCAAAAGGAAUUAUCAAGUAUAAUCCAGAUCUUUUGACUAGCAGACAUUAUACAUCAGUUGGUUUUAAAAAAAUAACACCAGAAAUGAUUAAUAAUCUAAGUGGAAGUGAAAAAGACAAUGCAGCAUCAUUGAUUGGUGCAGAUCGUGAUGUAUGCUUGUAUCUGUUAACAUUAUGGCUUGAACGUGUUCGAAGCCGUUGUCUUGAUAGGCAAACACAACGUUUAUUUCGUUUACUAACUACAUCACUGGCAGAAACAGAGCUGUUGCAUGACUUUCUAUUUCCUCCGGAGGAUAUUGAUACUAACACUACACUGCAUCCUUACUGGUUAUCAGUGAAUCUAACCAAAAAACAAUCAUCAGAACAGCAUUUAUUGUCAUUAGACUGUUUAGAAGAGGAUACAAAUGAAAUUUGUGAAUUAGAACCAGCACAAUUGAAUGAAAUAAGAAGUGAAAUUGGUCUGUUAGCGCAUUCAAUGAAUUUAAUUGAUUAUUCAGAGAAACUUUAUGCAUCGGAUUAUCGUAAAUUAACAAAAACUCUACCGAUAAAUGGUGCUUUCGGUGAUGUAGCCACUGGUUUACACGAAUCAAAUUCGGUGUAUUUACAAAAGAGUAAUUUAACACGAAGUAAAUUCUUAACAUGUCUUCCAGGAAAGUUAUUAGAAGAAUCCAUUAUAAAGGUUGAUGAAAAUAAAAAUAAUAAAAGUAAUAGCAAUAACAUUAGAACAGGUUGUUUACUUGGUCAUUAUAGUAAUUUACUAUUAUUAUCAUCCUCAUCAACAUCACAGAAUCAAUGGACAGCAUCAGGAUUAAAUGAAAAUACAUUAAAAGGAAUGCCUAAAAUUGAACGUAAGUCAAGAUCUAUACAAAAUCGUAUGUAUUGUAUGAAUCGUACACGUGCUAUGUCAAUGUCGCCAUGUUCAACAGUUGCAGUUAAUACUCCAUCACCUGUGAUUGAUACUAAAGUGAAUUCAACACAAACUACCAAUUAUCAUCCAAUUGAGUCAUCUGAGCAUAUUAAAGAUAUAAAUGUGUUGAAUUCACAACUGAAACCAUCAUUAGCAUGUAACAGUAAUGAAAUAAUCAAGAAACAAUCGAAUAUCGAUGUUGAAGUACAAGUGGAUUCAUUAAACAAACCUUCAAGAGUAAAUGACCCCAAAAGUGUACCACAUCAAAUGUAUCACACACGUAAUAGACGUGUAUUAAAACAGACGAAUUAUACAAAACAAUAA